GAGUGAGCGGCAGUCGACCGUGGGCACGCAGGAGCCGCGGACGCGAGCGUACACGCACCGCAUGCCCUAUCAGCUCGCGCGUAAAACUUUUAUAUAACCAGUGCAGUGUGUGCCGAUAUAAAACUCAUUGUCUCGCCGUGUUUACGUAGCACUCCUAUUGUUUUCGAACUGUAAGAUUGUGGUGUGUUUUAUUUCGCGAGUGGUGACGGUUUCCGCACAAAGGAUUUGCCCCGUCCGUGCUGAAAUGAAUACGCAAACGGAAUUACCGUGAAAUAAAUUUGCCUUCGGUGUCAUGCGGACCGCAUUCUCGUAGCAGUGAAUACAGAUGGUGCAUCGAAGUGACAAGUGUUCGCAUAGAGUGACAUAGCCCCGCGGCCCGAUGAGGAAGCACAAGUGAGAUGGCGCUGCGGCACGACGGCAUGGAGGGCGGGUACCUGGUCGCGGAGCCGCCGCCCGCCGACCACUACCAGGCCAAAGACCUGGCCACCGAGUACUUCAACACCUUCAGCCAGGCCUGCGACUCCUACCGCCCCGAGCCCGAGCUCGAGCUGCGCCACACCUCCGACUCGCUGCGCCUCACCUCCGAGAUCCUCGAGGGCCGGGAGGAGUUCAUCAGCACCGACUUCCUGCUGGCCCGCCGCGAGCAGGAGGAGCGCGCCCGGGAGGAACAGAUAUUCCAGUUCGGCCAGCCCGACGCCGCCGCGCUGCUGCGCCACCGCGCGCGCCGGCGCUACGACCAGCUGCAGCCGCCGCCCGCCACCAGCCAGGAGAGCGGGUAUGGCAGCGAUGAAUUCGGUCACGACUCGCCCAGCCGGUACGCGUCGCCGAAAGGCGCGGGCGCGUCGGCCGGCUACCAGGAGCCGUACUACGGCGGCGAGUGGGGGGGCGGGUACUACCAGCCGCCGCCGCCCUACCACCACGACCCGUACGCGCCGGCGCUGGCGGGCGACGCGGCCGCGCCCGGCGGCGCCGAGCUGCCGCUCCCGCCCAUGUCCUCCUUCCGCGCCGCCGCCCCCGUGCACUCGCCUACCGACCCCAUGAUCGUCGCCAAGCCGCCCAUGCAGCCAAUGUAUGGCGGCGCCGGGGGCGCGGGCGGGGCGAGCACGCCGGGCGGCGCGGCGGGCGCGGGCGGGGCGGGGGGCGGUGCGGGGGAGGCGGGCAGCCUGUCGUCGUACGGCUCGUCGCCCUCCACGCCGGUGCACUCGCCGCCGCCGCUGCACGCGCGCCUCUACCCGCUCAAACACUCCCCGCACCACGCCCAGCACGCGCAGCACCAUCCCCACCACAAUGGACAGGCCCCGACGAACUGGGUGUCGGGGGGCGUGUCGUCGCCGCCGAGCGCGUCGACGCCGCACGCGCCGCUCACCGCCGUGCCCGCCCCCCACCACCACGUCGGCGUCUUCCCGGCCCCGGUCAUGGGCGCGCCGGCCGAGCAGCGGCAGCUCGACGAGGCCAUGGUGUUCCUCCGCGACCACAGCGACGUCGGGGGCGCGCGACUUGAGGAGCGGCUGGACGACGCGAUCAACGUGCUGCGCAACCACGCGGAGGCGCCCGAGCUAUACCCGGCGGAGCAGCACCGUGCGCCGCUGCCGCACCUGCACGAGCCCGUCAAGAUGGAGCGCCACCUGCAGCUGCCCAACACCAAAAAACGUAAAGAGCCCCCGGACUCGGGCCUAGAUUCCAAGCCGUCGUCGUCGGGCUCCGCCGACGCCCUCGCCAAACCCGGAGGCAAGCGCUCGCGUAGAUACGUGAGUAACGUAUCUGUGAUGCGUCCCAGCUGCUCGUCGGCGGACGAGGACGACAUGGACCCCGACGCCAAGGCCGCGCGCGAGAGAGAGCGCCGCCAGGCCAACAACGUGCGGGAGAGGAUACGGAUACGGGACAUCAACGAGGCGCUGAAGGAGCUGGGCCGCAUGUGCAUGACGCACCUCAAGAGCGACAAGCCGCAGACCAAGCUCGGCAUCCUCAACAUGGCCGUCGAGGUCAUCAUGACUUUGGAGCAGCAAGUGCGAGAACGCAACCUGAACCCGAAAGCGGCGUGCCUGAAGCGGCGCGAGGAGGAGAAGGCGGAGGACGCGCCCAAGCUGCUGGCGCCGCACUACCCGCACGUGCCCGGCCUGCCGCCCGCGCCGCAAUAGCGCCGCCCCCCGCCGCCGCCGCCCGCGCCCGCCUGACCGCCCCGCGCCCCGUGCCCCGCCGCCCCCUAGCCGGCUCUAGGGGGCCGGCCCGCGCGCCGACUCGCGUGUGACGUGUAAAUAUGUGUAUGUAUAGACAUCACCGUGCUAUAUGUAGCGCAGCCGACGCGCGAACCGCGAGACGUCGUGGCCGUCGUCGCCGCCGAACUCUAAUCUGGACGUCCUCCGCUUUCGCGACGACCGCUCCGCCUCUAUCUUCGAUUCUGCCGUCGCUUCGUCUCCUCCCGGCAGGGCGGGACGCUCGAAAUAUUGAUCGUAGCGGAGGAGAGCGGCGGCGCCCGCGGCCGCGAGCGAGCGCGGACUAUAGUGUAAGUGUGUAUAUUGUAGCGUAGGACCGGGCGCCCCGCGCGGCGCGUCGGACGAUUGUAUAGCCUAGCUCGUAUAGGGAACCUAGACGAUAAAAUAAAAAGAUAUUUUAAUUACGAUUUUAAAUUUUGCUGCCAUAAGCGUUAGGUGUUAAGGUCAGCGGUCCGGAGUCCAUUUUUAUGGCGACAUCGCUCCGUUUUGUGAACUCACCCCACGUUUUAAGCUUGACAAUAAUAUGGAAAAUGGACUUUGGAUGCGGAAGCCCCGCCCCGCGGCCCGCCCGCCCCGACCCCAGCCGUGCCUCAGUUAC